GUCGCUUGCUUCGGCCACGUAAGAUUGACAGUGACAAUUUCAUAUUUCUUUGGAAAAAUAAAAAUGUCCAAAUGUGCUAGUUUAUAGUGAUAUGUGCUGAAUUACAAGGAGAGAAAAAAUGUCACAAUCAAACAUGACCGAUCAAAACAUCCCCAACGGAAUUCCACCCCAAUUCCAAAUGAAUGGAGCGCAUUCAAGUCAAUCUUCGAGGGACCCCUCACCCCUGCCUCGUCUGGGUACCAUUCCAAUGUCUCAGCUGCCUCCAGGCAGAGCAGGAAUCCCAUCCAACCAACUGCCUGCUUCUAGAUCCCCAAUAACAACCUUGACUCAGAAAGUGGGCCAAAUGAAUGUAACCCCAAACAUAAGUCCAAAAUUUAGUACUUCGACGCCAAACCAACCAGCAAUUGGCAGUGCUUUUGUUCAAAACAGUGCUUUUUCGCCCAUCUCCUCUAAUCCAGUGUCGAAUAGAACACCAGUGUUGGAAAACGUACCGUUGAACAGUGACAAAGUGAGUGCUACAAGUAUGAAUCCAGUUCAAGGUCAGCUAAACAAACAUUUAACUUCACAAAGUCAACAAAGAUCUAGCCCACAAUAUUUUAACGGCUCUCAACAGCCCCAAAGUCAAAGUUCGCCGAACUUCACUCAAAAACCUGCCCAGAAUCCAAAUUUGCCAAAUUACUUUAACAACCCCAGCAAAAAUUCUAUGCCACAGCUUGGAGGUCAACUCCCCCAAAAUAAUUUUACACCUCAAAGCCAAAAUCAUGCUCCCCCUCUUGGAAGGCCUACUAUGGGUAUACCUCCCCAAAAUAACAACUCUGCUCCACCUCUUGGAAGACCUACUACAGGUAUACCUCCCCAAAAUAACGUCACACCCUCCCAAAGCCAAAAUUCCACUCCACCCCUUCAACAACAUCAAUUUGGUGGACCCAGCGCAAGUUUACCUCCUCAAAGUAAUGUCCCACCCCCCCAAACUCAAAAUUCCAUUCCACCCCUUCAACAACACCAAUUUGGUGGACCCAGUGCAAGUUUACCUCCUCAAAGUAAUGUCCCACCCCCCCAAACUCAAAAUUCCAUUCCACCCCUUCAACAACACCAAUUUGGUGGACCCAGUGCAAGUUUACCUCCUCAAAGUAAUGUCCCACCCCCCCAAACUCAAAAUUCCAUUUCACCCCUUCAACAACACCAAUUUGGUGGACCCAGUGCAAGUUUACCUCCUCAAAGUAAUGUCCCACCCCCCCAAACUCAAAAUUCCAUUUCACCCCUUCAACAACAUCAAUUUGGUGCACCCAGUGCAAGUUUACCUCCUCAAAAUAACGUCCCACUCCCCCAAACUCAAAAUUUUGCUCCUCCCCUUCAACAAAAUCAAUUUGGUAGGCCAACUGCAGGUCCACCUUUGAAUCAAGGCCCUCAAAAUAACAUUACACCCCCUCAAAGUCAAACAACAACUCCACCUGUUCAGCAAAAUCAAUUUGGCAAACCCAGUGGAAGUUUACCGCCCCAAAGCAAUCCUCAACCUCCUAUGAUGGGCCAAAACCAGUUUGGCAAACUUAACACGGCCGCACCUCAAAAUUUGAGGCCAAGUAUGCCUCAACCCGUUUUAAAUAGUUUCCCUCAACAAAAACCUCCUAUGAGUAAUUUGGCCCAACAUACAAGGCCCCCAAACGCAAAUUUCCCCCCUCAACCCCAACAAAAUCAGUUUGUUGGUCAACCUCAACAAAACUCUUACUACCCACCUUCUAACAUGAAUUUCAACAACAACCAAGCUAGACCGCCGAUGCCUCAACAACCACAAAAUUACGUGCCUCCGCAGACUAUACCUCAAAUAGCAGCAACUCAAAAUGUUCCGCUCAAAAAUCCGCUGUUUAACAACCGAUACCCGGCAGCCCAGGUAGCACCUCAACCGCAAAUGGGCUACAAACAACAACAACAACAAACAGAACAGCAACCAAAUUAUUACCCCACUAAAGCCCAAUACCCGGCGACUGCAGGGGGGUAUGAUGGCGUGGUUCAAUCAGGUUUCGGGAAAUUCUGGGGCACGGAAAACUACGAUUUACUGCAAACGACGAAUAUUCUCCCGCCGGUUAAGGUGGAGGCGCCACUUGUUCACUUGGGCAAGGAGGCUUUGGAUAACGCCAACUGCAGCCCGGAAAUUCUGAGGUGCACUCUGACGAAAAUACCCGAGAACAACGGGUUACUGCAGAAGAGCAGGCUGCCUUUGGGCGUUCUGAUACACCCGUUCAAGGAUUUAAACCACUUGCCCGUGAUACAGUGCAACGUCAUCGUGCGAUGCCGGACCUGCAGGACCUACAUAAACCCUUUCGUGUACUUCGUCGACAACAAGCGGUGGAAAUGCAAUCUGUGCUACCGAAUCAACGAACUGCCGGAAGAGUUCCAAUACGAUCCGGUCAGCAAGAGUUACGGGGACCCGUCCAGGCGGCCGGAAAUAAAAGCCAGCACCAUAGAGUACAUAGCCCCUCAGGAAUACAUGCUGCGGCCCCCUCAACCGGCCGUGUACUUAUUUUUGUUGGACGUUUCUCGUAUGGCGGUGGAAAGCGGGUACUUGGUGUCGGUGUGCUCGAUUCUUCUGGAAGAAUUGAAGAAUUUGCCAGGGGACGCUAGGACUCAAAUAGGCUUCAUAGCCUACGACUCGGCCCUGCACUUUUUCAGCCUCGCCGAGGGCUUGAGUCAGCCCCACGAGAUGACCGUUUUGGAUGUCGACGACAUCUUUUUGCCCUGCCCGGACAACCUGUUGGUCAACAUGAAGGACAGGAUGGAUCUUGUUACCGACCUGCUCGGACAGUUGCCUACAAGGUACAACCAAUCGUACGACACGAAUUCGGCGCUGGGGGCGGCGCUGCAAGCAGCGUACAAGAUGAUGUCGGCCACGGGGGGGCGCGUCACCGUGUUCCAAGCGGCGUUGCCGAACGUCGGCCCCGGCGCGCUCGCAGCGCGGGAAGACCCCUCGCAGAGGGCAACCGUGGAAGUGAACCACCUAAACCCGGCCAACGACUUCUACAAGCGGCUCGCGUUGGAGUGCAGCGGACAACAGAUCGCCGUCGAUCUGUUCGUGCUGAACUCGCAGUACGUGGACAUCGCGACCGUGUCGGGCAUAUCGCGCUUCAGCGGCGGCUGCAUGCACCACUACCCGCUGUUUAAAUCGUCGCGAACGCUGCAGAGCGAGAGCUUCGAGAGGUGCUUUAAGAGGUAUUUAACGAGGAAAAUCGGGUUCGAGAGCGUAAUGCGCAUCAGGUGCACGCGCGGUUUAGCCAUACACACCUUCCACGGCAACUUCUUCGUUAGAUCCACGGAUCUGCUAUCUCUGCCGAAUAUAAACCCCGACGCCGGUUUCGGUAUGCAGGUGUCUAUAGAGGAGAGUUUAUCCGACGUGCAGACGGUGUGUUUUCAAGCCGCGUUGCUGUACACGUCGUCGAAAGGCGAGCGCCGCAUACGAGUCCACACCUUAUGUCUCCCCGUAGUUUCUACUCUACAAGACGUGAUAAACUCCGCCGAUCAGCAGUGCAUAGUGGGUUUGCUGUCCAAGAUGGCGGUGGAUAGAUCGAUGCAAGCCAACUUAUCAGACGCGCGGGAGGCGUUCAUCAACGUAGCCAUAGAUAUUCUUUCGAGCUAUAAAUUCUCGUUGAACCUGGGCGACGGGCAGUCCGGUCUAAUGGCGCCCAACUGCCUCAAACUCCUACCCCUCUACAUCUCCGCGCUCCUCAAACACACAGCGUUCCGCACGGGCACCACCACGAGACUGGACGACCGAGUGAAAGCGAUGAUGGACAUGAAGUCCAAACCCCUGCACCUGCUGAUACAGCAGAUCUACCCGGAUUUGUACCCGAUACACGAUCUGGAAAACCAACAAAUGAUCGUUACCGAGGAGGAGACGAUUCCGAUGCCACCCAGGCUGCAACUAUCCGCGCGCCUCCUAGACAACUCCGGCGCCUUUUUGAUGGACACGGGGGAGCACAUGAUCCUGUUAAUAGCCCCCAACUGCCCGCGCCCAUUUUUAAACGACGCCUUAGGCGUGGCAGACUACGACUCCAUAACGGAGCAGAUGUACGAGAUACCGACCCUCGACAACCCGCGCAACCAAAGACUUUUGAGCUUCGUGAACUUCCUCAACGAGGAGAAACCGUUCGUGGCAACGUUGCAAGUGCUGCGCGACAACAGCGCCAACCGACACGUGUUCUUCGAACGGCUCGUAGAGGACCGCGUGGAGAACGCCCUCUCCUACCACGAGUUCCUGCAGCACCUCAGGACGCAAGUGAAAUAAUCGCGAUGAACGUUUUUUGCCGCGCGAAUGCAAAAUUAUUGCUUGUAUUUAAAAGCACAAUCCACACAACAAGGUCUGUUCUAUCUCAUGCUAA